CAGCAUGCUGCAAACCCAGUCACUCUCUCUCUCCCAACCAUCUCCCUCCUCCUCUCACUUUUUCUCUUCCUGCCAUACUAAUUCCAGAUCUGACCAUGAAUCGGUCAGGUUUCUUCCUCAGUAUCCUCAGCCUACUGGCAUGCCUUGCCUCUAUCCUACAGGCAUGUCCCCCAAGCUGCCACUGUCACGGUGGAGACCUGCAGCAUGUCAUCUGCGACAAUGCUGGGCUGCGGAAGAUCCCCAAGGUGCCUGAGCAAACACGGCUUCUCAAUCUGCAGAAGAACAACUUCCCCGUCCUGCCAACCAAUGGCUUCCGUGAGAUGAAAAAGCUGGUGUCCCUUCACCUCCAGAGCUCACGCAUCAAGGAGAUCUCAACUGGAGCCUUCCGGGGUCUCAAGAGUCUGGUCUACCUCUAUCUCACUGACAACCAGAUCAGUGUCAUAAAGCCAGGAGCCUUUGAUGACCUGUCUGAGCUCACCUACCUGUACCUGGACCAGAACAAGAUCCCAGACUUGUCCAAAGGGCUCCUCUCCCCUCUGGUCAACCUUUUUAUCCUGCACUUAGGCAGCAAUAAAAUUCGGGAGCUGAAACCAGGAGUCUUCAAUGGUGCUAAAGACCUGCGCUGGCUCUUCCUUUCUGACAACUCCCUCACCAACCUCCUUCCUGGGGCACUAGAAGAUGUAGAAAACCUCGCUGUCCUCCACCUGGACAAGAACCAGCUGAGCAGCUAUCCUGUGAACGCAAUGAGUAAGCUGAGAGUGCUGGAGGAACUGAAGCUUUCUCAUAACCCAAUUGAGGUCAUCCCUGACAAUGCCUUCCAGUCCUUUGGGCGUUACCUCCAGACACUCAGCCUGGACAACAUGAAACUGCAAAAGUUUGCAGAUAACGCAUUUGCUGGUGUGACUACACUGAAAACCGCUCACCUUGAGAACAACCGGCUUAGCCAGCUGCCCCGCAACUUCCCCUUCGACAAAAUGGAGACUCUGACGCUCUCCAAAAAUGCCUGGCACUGCAACUGCCAGCUAGCACAUCUGCGCAAGUGGCUGAAAGGCAACCGCACCCGUGCUGAGGAGACCUGCUCCACACCAGCGCAGUACCGGGGGCAGUCGAUCAGAGACACCCCUGCACUCCGCACCUGCAAGCUCCCCACCAAGAGGUCCAAGAAGGGAAGCCGCCAUUAAACAUCAGGCCCUGGUAUGGCCUGUCCUGGUGACCGGUCACUUCAACCAUCAGAAAACUACUGACUUCUUCUGAGUCCUUCCUUAAGCUUCUCCUACCUGUCAGGAUACGUUUCUGAUAUAUCCAGACACCUCCAGCCUCCUCCAAAUUCCCGCUUCUCUGCUGAUUGCAGGAUGGAAUCCACCUUUUCAAUCUUUUUCGACAUCUAUAUAUUUUAAAAGAGGCAUUUUCAAAAACUAAAUUAUGCAUGACCUAGCUAACCUAGACAAUGCCGGUAAAACACAGUCAUCUCUCGAGAGGCAACCUAACUUACGUCCUGAUCAAUCAGUUGGUCUCUGUCUCUCCCCUUCCAACGGAGUGGAAGUAAGUAGGAAGGUAGGAGCAUUCCCCUACAGCUCAACCGCAGCUGCUCGAUCAGGAAAACCAGUCUCAACCCACUCAAAGAGACUCCUCUGCCUACCCACGGAGGGGAUCCCUGCAGGUCAGGGCUGAGGAUGAUAGGUGAAGCAAAGUCCAAGACACAGUGGCCCAGAGAGAACUGCCCUUUUGUUCCAAAAGGGAGCAAUCUCUCUAGAUGAGCCAGAAAUUUUUAAGUGAAAUAGUACUGGGGAACCCUGAAACUGAAGCAAUUGGAAGAUUGGAUUCCCUUCCCACUCUAUAGGGGUCUACCAACAUGCACAGAUGUCCAAGAGGAGAAGGUAUGCACCAUGUGGCCUUGCCUGGGCACCCCUCCUCCUCUGUCUGCCCAUACUCCAGAGGAUCUAGCAGGACACACCAGGAUGACUGUGGUUUAUUGUCAUGGCUAUUACAAUACCACAGUUGCAACUUAACUGCGUUUUUUAUCCUAAAGAGUUAUAUAAAUAUAUAUAUAUAUUUAUUCCUCUGUAACUGAGUGUAAAUGACCUUUAAGAGGAUGAAAACUCCUCUGUCUUCUAUAUAGAAAUCAAAUUGUAUAUUUUCUUAUGUACAUCUUCUGUAUAAAGCUCUUGCUGCAAAGAUGAA